AUGCAGGGCGCAUCCACCUCCAAUGCGAUGACGACGCACAAAUCGAAGCGAGAUUGGGAUAUAAAUGAUGCAAUUGUGCCACAAGUGGCAGACAUUGAAUUCGAUGAGUUCAGCGAAUGGAGCGAUGGACAUGUGCGUCUUAUCUACUCGGUGCACAACGAGGAGGCCAAAAAGCACAUCUCUGGCUGGGCGAUGAGAAACACGAAUAACCACAAUGUGAACAUUCUGAAAAAGAGUUGCUUGGGCGUUUUGAUCUGUUCGCAACAUUGUACACUGCCCAACGGAUCCAAGAUCAAUCUGAGACCGGCCAUCUGCGAUAAGGCAAGACGCAAACAGGAGGGUAAAGCGUGUCCCAACAAAAGUUGUCGUGGCGGGCGACUUGAGAUCAAACCAUGUCGUGGUCACUGCGGUUACCCCGUGACACAUUUCUGGCGGCACUCGGGAAACGCCAUCUUCUUUCAGGCAAAGGGAGUACAUGAUCAUCUGCGACCGGACCCCAAGAAUUCCAGUGUCUCGAAGCGUGCAUUUGGACGUGUCUCCCUCACUUCCAGUAAUAAGGUCACCACAACAGCCUCAAGGACUGCACCCAAGAAGUCGGUCAUUGCUGGUUUAGUAAAGCAGGUCAAGCAACAACAAAAUCUAAUGGGCAAAGUAAUCAAGAGGAACACAUCGAGUAAUCCACUGAGUCACUCCGCCCUAGAAAUAUAUCAGUUUAAUGCUUGUGGCAAGUGCACCACGUAUAGUCACUGCACCUGCAGCUAUCUGGAGGACGCCACACGCCCCCACGGUCUAAGUCAAUCCUCCAAUUACAUGAGCAGCUCCUGGCCCCUCCCAGCCGCCGAGUCAGCAAACUGUGAUCCUCCGGCUAAUGUAUUUACGGUGAACCAUCAACACAUUACCUACAAUUAUCCCAUUUACCAUGCCACUCCGGCUGCAGCAACUGCCGUGCCAAGCAAGUCGCCGAGCUUACCCUACACUUGCAUCUCGGAGUUGUCCGCCUAUCAGCCCGUAAUCAACAAUCAGUCCAAUCUGUCCGGUUAUAGCAAUGCCAAUUGCCAGCUGGCUUAUGAAACCGGAUCUCAGUUGGCCACCCCGGAGCCGGAGUUUAUCAAUUACUCCCAGAUAAAGCAUUUGGGGGGCACGGACCACCACGGCUGCAAGGGGGAAACGACGCCGACAAUCAAGUAUAAUGCGACUGUGGAGACGCAGCCGGUGGCAGGGUAUGCGGAGGAUAACUACGACUACUAUUACAAUCGCGAGUCCAAGUCCGACUACGAGUUGCAGCAACAAUUCGCUGCAAGCGCUGCCGGCCAUGGACAUUAUUAUGAGAGCGCCAAUAGUUAUAACGGCGUCAGUUACUUUGACACGGGUACAACAGCGCCAGGCAAUGGCAGCGGCGGCAGCACGAACCUGGAUGCUAGCAGCGUUAGCGGCGGCAGCACGAACAUUGAUCACGGCAGCUACGGCAGCUACUACGAUCAUUAUGCCAACUAUGAGCAACAGAUGGCGGUAGCUGGUGGCUAUGCAGCCGCCGCCGCUAGUGGCGCUGCUGGCGCUAAUGUUGGUGUCGGGGCUGUGGCAACUGGUGUGGCGCCACCAACGCCAACACUCACAUAUCAUCACCACCAUCAUCAUCACUUGCAUCACGCACAGGCACAAUCAGCACACGCAGCCCAUUAAUAGUACUUAACGAUCGUAUUACUCAUAGAUUCUAGCUAAUAGUUCUUAGAAUAGACUACGUUUUAGAUUUGAAAUCUUAAUUUCUAUACGUAUUAUUUUUAUUAUUGUUUUU